AUGACAAGGAGAGCGAAACACCUCUUAAGUGCCCUACAAGUGGGUGACAACGCGACGCUGAAAGUUCCCGAGUUUGAUCGUGGGCCGAGUGACAGCAGGAACCUCCUGGUUGUGGUACUGCAGAGAGACGAGGACCUGUACCAGGUAGGCUGCAGAAAAGGACGCAUAACCACCCGGUACACGGCAGCUGACAUGGACCCCGUUAAGGAGAAGCUCCUCACCCCAGAUGAGGUUCCCGACGUUGAUAUGGCUUUGAGAACCGCUGUAACCAGGUACACAGGAGGCCAAGGGCAUGUGAAGUGUGCCUGUAAAACAAAUUGCACAACUUCCAGAUGCUCCUGCACAAAUAAGCUGUUAAAAUGUAACUCUCGUUGCCACCCUGGUCGUUCUUGUAGCAAUAUUUAA